GUGUGGGUUCGAUUGGGCGGGGGUUUUCUCCACGGUGUUUCGUCUCGCAACUGUUCCUGGGCUGUCCAAACUCGAAACGUGGAUCUGAGCAAAUAUUGUUUUUUUUUUGUGUACGAGCUCUCAAGCCUUGACCGGACGAGACAUCGGGCCAUCAAAUGCCGUCAUGGAGCACUUUUUUUGUUUUCUUCUCGAAGCUAUCUGGAGUCUUGUGCUCUUGAAGAUCUAGGGUCUAUCCAACUGGGGCUUACGCUGGGUGUAAGCGGGGAGUAG